AUGUCAAACGCGAUAGAGGAUCCCCGGGUCAGGGCGGCCAUUGAGCACUACCUGUUAGAUCUGGAGAACACCCAGCCGAAGAAUACGAAGCGAAAUUAUCGUCCCAAGCAGGAAGAAUGGAAGGAGUGGUGUCAAGCCAACUGGCCUGCGAUCCCGGACGUUUGGCCGGCCUCGGUACCACAGGGCCAACAGCUACCGGGAGACCUGGUCGAUGAAGGAAAGCUCUUGCUCUUCAUGAAGGAGGUAGUGGCAUCACGUCCUCCAAAGAAAGGAAAGAGGGUCGCCGAUGAAAGAAAACGACACCUCGAGGCUCAGGAAGCCAAGAGGGCCGUGAAAAGACGCAGAGCACCAUCAGAUACCAUCGUUGUAGGCGGCGGAGGUAGCGAAUACGAGUCAGACUCCGACUUGGAGUUGUAUGAGUCCACGCUCAAACUACAGUAUAAUACUAUACCCGACCACACCAACGUGGCAUGGUCCGAGAGGAGAGAGAUCGCCUGCGCCCUGAGGACGCAGGUGGACUUUCUGCUCGGGAACCACAUGCUGCUGCGGUCCGGCAACCGCCUGCCGAUGGAAAAAGGCGGAAAGGUUUCCGUCUUCCAAAGAAGCGAAGACUGGUAUGAAACGAAGGUGCUCCGCCGAUCGGCGAAGGAGCCUCAAGCUCCGUUGUCGGGCCAGACUGCCCGAGAAUGGACGUCCAGGUUCUACAAGAAGGCCGGCAUCAAGGUCUCCAAGGUCAGCCACGCGCCUAGAGUGGCGGCGACGCAAAACGCCGACAUGGCCGGAGUGGAUGAAGGCCAGAUCCGCCGAGCCGGUCGUUGGAAUAACGGAGACCAAAUGACCGGCUGCUAUCUGACUUCCUGCCUUUCGAAUUCAUGA